GUGAACUCGUGAAGAAGAGAAAAAAGCAGAGUUUGAGCCACCGCACAAGAGGUUCUGUCAUAGGAAGAGACCUGAGAAUUGAGAUGGUAGCUCGCAAGUUCAGCGUCCGCCAUGAAAAUUCUACCUUCGACGUUGAGUACGACACCGAUGAUGGCCUUGAAGUCUCUCACUCUUUUUCUCUCCACCACCUAAUUUUUUUUCCAUUGAUGUUAUUGUUUUAUUUUUUUAAGAUUUCGAUUUCGGUUAUUCAAAUUUGCAGGUCUUUAAAUUUCAAUUAUUUUCUCUCACUUCAAUUCCACCUGACGAACAAAAGAUCGUUUGCGGUGAUGAUAGCAAGGUCAUAAAUGACGAUUCUGAUCUAAUUUCUAUCUCGGAAAAGCUUCGUUUGAUUUCAAUCAACGAAGAUAGUGUAGCUGAAUCAUCUACUGGUGAGUCUCAAGUCAAUGAAGAUUUACUUAAGUCGGAUGAAGAAUUUGCUCGAUUGCUUCAGUAUUCAUCUAGCUGAUAAAGUUGCAAACUAAUUAGGCUGAGGAGGAAGCAUUGCUUCUUCAACAAUUUGUUGCUGCUGAGGAUAAUGGAGAAACGGAGCAACGACUACGUGGUUAUGUUGAUCAAGUUUUGAUGUACGAGGACCCAACUCGCCAAGAGGCUGCUCGCAAGACAGUACCUAUUGAUGAGCUAGAGGAGAAAGCAUUGGUGGCUAUAGCAAAAAAGGAGGGGAACUUUGAACCAACCAAAGUUGAACAAGAUCAUGCUUUCUUGCUGGAGUUGCUGAUUUGGUUCAAACAAUCAUUCAGUUGGGUUCAUGCACCUCCCUGUGAUAGCUGUGGAAAUCAGACUGUAAGUCAGGGCAUGGGUGUACCAUUGCCGGCAGAACUGCAAUAUGGUGGUUCACGAGUUGAGCUAUAUUGCUGCAGCUUUUGCUCAAGGAUUACACGAUUCCCCCGCUACAAUGACCCAAUCAAGCUCAUCGAAACUAGAAAAGGGCGUUGUGGGGAGUGGGCGAACUGCUUUACUCUGUAUUGUAGAGCAUUUGGCUACGAAUCACGUCUUAUUUUGGAUUUUACGGAUCAUGUCUGGACAGAGUGCUUUUCACAUCAUUUAGGGAGGUGGAUGCAUCUUGAUCCCUGUGAAGGAAUUUAUGACAACCCCUUGUUGUACGAGAAAGGGUGGAAUAAAAAAUUAAAUUAUGUAAUUGCUAUUGCAAAAGAUGGGGUAUAUGAUGUCACGAAGCGUUACACAAGAAAGUGGCAUGAGGUUCUAACCCGCCGAAAUAUUACUACAGAGCACAAUUUAUGCUCAAUUCUGGAAAAGCUAACAAAACAACGCCAAGAAGGUUUUAGAUCAGAAGUGAUUUCCUCGCUUCAAGAACGUAAUAAACUUGAGAUAGAAGCACUUGAAAGAGAUCUUCACUCCAAGGGUGACACUGAUGUUUCACUACCUGGCAGACUAAGUGGGGACGAGCAAUGGCGCAUCUCAAGAUCAGAAUAUGGUUCUGGCGAGGGUGGAUUGAGUUGCUCUUCUUGUCCUGUUCGUUUGUGUGUGGAUGAGCAUGUGUCUGACAUUUAUAAUAAAUUAGGCCUAGUUUUUUCCCGAUUCGUAGACAGAUCUGUUUCAGUCACCUCUGGGGUUGAUGCCCUAAAGAUCCUAAGACGGCUCUUGACAGAUUUUCAGCAGUGUCCUUUCAGGUCUAGAAGGACAAUAAAAUCUGAUGGUCUUCAACCUUCUUUGCGUCAUCUGCUGCCUGUUUUUGGUGAGCUAUUGAACACCCUCCAUUUGAAAUUUGAGGUGGGUGCUGAAAAUGAGAAUGAGGUGCUUUUGCACUUAGUUGGCCAUCCUGUAAAGGCCUCAUUGGCUUUAUCUGUUGCAUUAGACGCUUUGGAUGAUUUAAUCCAGAACCUUGCUAAAUGUCCCAGCAUUGCAAAAGAUUGUCUUUCUUUACCGCUUUUGAGGUUGAAUAGGAUACAUUCAGGUUCAGUUCUAGCAAGUGGAGAAGAGCUUCCUUUUGGCAUUGCUACCUCAGCUUUUGAUGGAAUACACUCAUCAAAAUGGGAAGAGCCAAAUGGAGCAAAAGGUUGUUGGAUUGCAUAUAAAGUGAAAGACAAACAGGUGUGCAAGCUCGUGACGUACGAACUGAUGUCUGCCAACGAUGCACCAGAAAGAGAUCCUAUGGACUGGAUUGUUGAAGGUAGUAGUGAUGGAGGGUCCAGCUGGUAUGCUUUAGAUAGACAGACUUCUCAGAAAUUUGAUAGUCGUUUCCAACGCAAACUGUACAGGAUUGAAUCAUGCAAAACCCAGUCAAAUGCGUUCAGGUUCACCUUUUUGUCAGUCCGAGAUGUUAAAUCGACCUCAAGGCUACAAAUUGGUAGUAUUGACUUGUAUGCUGAAAACAGGCAGCUUCCGAUGCAGGAAGAAAAGGCAUGAGUGAAAGGGGGAGUGGAUAAAGGACAGAGAGAGGAAAGACCUCGUGAAAUGUUGAACUGUGUCAUUACUGAUUUGGUCUAUGACAAUAUAUACUCUUCGUUGGUUUUGGCAGACGUGUUUGGUCAAAUAUGACGGUAUAUAUGUUUCGAAUUUCAAUAGGCUGCAGGAGCACUCUGCUAUCAACUCCCAAAAAUCUAACUGUACCAUGGAAAUUUGGCAAUAACUUUGUGUUUCGUCAUCCUACAAAUAUUGUGAAAUCGUAUAUUAGAAUUGGGAUCAUUUUUGUUGAUUCGACAAAAUGGACAUUCGAGUUGCAUAUUUUGUGUUAUGUACCUUAAUAUUGAUUAUAUCUUAUGAUUUGUUCUCUUCA